AUGUAUCUGCUGACAACCACCUACUGUUAUAGGUGUGUAAUCUGUACAUCACAGAUUAUUGGUUCUUAUUCAGGCGGUAACAGUGAUGCACGGGGCGAGGUGUUCCAAAUCUCAAAUAUCACACACUUCGAAGGACCAAGGGAGCUGGGACUACGUUACCCUAACCCUUGGUUUCCACGGCCUAGCUGGGCUAUCUGCGAUUUGCCUUCUCUUCUCCCUAGACUGCUAGUAUUUUCAUUUAAGGCUAGAACAGAAGUACCAUGUCUGGCACUGUCCAAAACCUAUGUCUUCUUCUAUCGCUUGCCCUCGUAUUCUCGGGGCAAGCCUACGCUUUUGGGGUGGAACUGGCGUCAUGGUGACAUCGAAGACGCGCUGUUGACUCUGUUUCUGGCUCGUGUGGCCGGCGGCCAUAAAUUCAGCAAACUCGACGUGCAGCGUGUCUAUUUUGGGAACUGGAUCCAUGACUACAGCCAGGCUGUUGAUGUCGGUACUUUGAAAUAUGUAAGCGCUGAAGCAAUCUGCAUCCUGAUUUGGGUGCUCGGUUUUAUGAGUUUUGGGCAAGCUACUGAGUUCUCCCACUAUUCUAGGCAGGAUGCUCGUGAUUACGAUCAUCGUCUCAGGGGUCCAGUUGAUGAGGGGUGUGAGCUGUCAGUUGAUCCUAUGACAGCGACGGAGGAUAUUGGUAUUGCUACAACUACAGGUCUUGUAUGGCGUGUCUUCCGUCGUUCGAUUCAGCUAGGCCGCCAGUAUGCGAGAACGCGGAACGAUGAAGACCUGCAUGAAGCUUUUCGUCUUCUCGGAACUGGCUUGCAUUGCCCGGAGGACUAUGCAGCAUAUUCAAACUAUACAGAGCUGAGUCUCAUCGAGAUGGGUGGAUCAGAUGUCGGUCGUAAUACAAAAUUUGAGCUCCAUGGUGCGCAGAAUGGCGUCUACCCUGUUGUUACCGGCACUUUUGGGGGUGGGUUUUUUCACUCCGUUUUAGGUGAGCUUUCUGAUAAGGUCGCACAGUCUGAAAUCCAAUCUUUAGUACGUGUCAUUACUGGUUCACAGUCCAUGACCCCUGCUGGAUUAGUAGACGACAGUGAAGCUCAGGCAAAUAAAAUGGAAGAAUUCAGGACACAGUCAGAGAACGCUAAGAAAAAAAGCCAAAGUGUAUCGCCGCAUGAACCAGAAGAAUGGACCUGCCACCUGGAAGGGGUGCAUCAGCAAAUCCACCCCGUGUUGGAGUGGCAUGAUGAGAUUACCAAGUCGAUCAACAGUGCUAUCAAGAAAAUACCUGUUCAACCAGAAUUGGUGGAGCAGAUUCAAGAUCAUAUAAAGGUAUUCGUUUUCUCUGUUCUGGCACCCUACGUGCUCCCUAUUAUCAAGCAAGUAAAGGUGGAGCUUCAAACUGGCUCUUCCGAGAUUAUUCAAAGUAGCAGAGAGCAACAGCACAUUGUCUUUGAAAACGAUGAAUCAUCAAACCCCACCCAUUCUAUGCUUUCUAAGGAUCAUUUCUCAAACGUUUCUAACGAACCAGCAGGUCGGGUAGCCUCUCAGCUUAUCAAGUGGACUGUACCACAGCUGAUGGAAAUAAUCGAGGUUGUGUUUCAUCACCCUGCUCUUCGUGAAUUUGGAGAAGAUGGUGCAGCCGAUGUACGCCAGAUCAUGUUCCAUACAGUCGAGGAAUGGUGGCAUGGCAAGACUGAGGAAGAGCAGGAGUACCCGCGCGAACAGCUCACCCGCCAAGGCGUAUUUGAAGGUAAAAACCAUAAGGAAGGCGUGCACGACACCGGUCAUGGCUGCGGUAAGCCACUGGCGUUACGCAAAGGUGGCCAUGGCAACCCUUGUGAACCCAGCGGAUCUGAUAGUAGCUUGGGGGAAGCUGUGGCCGCGGCUGCUGGUGACGGAACACUCAGAGGCCUAGUCAGCGGCCUUGAACCAUACCACGAGGACGCAUCACUUGAAGAACAGCGCCCACCCUGGAAGGUUAGACACGAACAUUACGAUGAAGGAGAGUGGCGUGGAGACCAUUGGAAUUAUGAACACGAAUCAGUGGAGCGUCUAGAACAUUUAGAAACGAAACGAUAUAGUGAUGGCAAUGAAGAACAUCGCUAUGGUUACGACAACCGCCCUGUACGCAAUGAGCAUGGUGAUGAUCCUGCUGAGCCGGGUUAUGAUUGA